AGGGAUCGCCCCUCAGGAAAGAAUCUUUUGUCCCUUCAACCUCUAAAACUAUUCUCGCUUCGUUCCCCCUUUCACCAGAUCACUGGGUUUGACUUUCCCGUAUAAACAAACACACCGCUUUGUGCUGGCUUCCGUCGGUUUGUUGGGUUUCCAGGCCUUGCUGCGCCAUUUCGGACGUCCACAUAUCCGUUCGACCGGAAACCUAUUCUUGUUUGCUUAAGCUUUCGUGCCCCCUCUGAUACAAGCCUCUUUUUUCCUCUCCAUCCCCACAGACCAACGGUCCCUAGCAAACCCGGCACGAAAACUGUGAAGUCCCGCUGAAAAGGACAACAUCCCACCUCCUAGCAUCAAAAAAAAAAUCCUGCCUCCCACCUGCCACCUGUCUGCAACAUUUGUUCCAUCUGCUCUUCUGACUUCAGCACCUCUACCGGUAAUUGAGAGCCUCGUACAACUGAAAUGGCUCAAAGUCGAUCGAUGGAGGUCGGUUCUUGUUCAAGAAACUUUAUUGCUCCCCAUGUGCAUAUACUGAGAAACAGCAUUUCAGGCCCGCGUUGGGAGAGUCAAACAACGUAUGUAGCAUUUUCAACGUAUAUUUUUCUCGUCAAUUGCGUUCAACCUCUCCGCUUGUCUCCUUGUUACCGUAUCAUAAUAAGGUGGUUUCCCGGCUCACAAUAUUCACUGUUGUUAGGAUACGCAUCUGAUGGAUCCCGCCUUGUUGCCGGAGUCGUGGCAAUAUCCAUCGAUAGACGAAAGGUUCUCGUUGUCGAAUCAACAAACCGUGACAAUCACUGGGUCCUGCCUAAGGGCGGCUAUGAAACUGAUGAGCCAACUCCGGAGGACGCCGCCAGUCGUAAGUGAAUCCCAACUCAUCCCUACUUUUCUUUUUCCUUCCCUUGCACGAUUGCUCCCUCUGAGAGGUCCAAUCACAUUUGCUCUCUUUCCCCACAAUUGCGCUUCACAAGCGAGCCAUUACCGCCCAACUCACUCGAUUCCUUUGUUUCAAUAUUCUCUUGUCAGUUUCUCGGGAAAUUGGCUGAUACCUAUUUUUAUAAUUCAUGAUAGGCGAGGCAUGGGAAGAAGCAGGAAUAACCGGUAAAAUAACCCGGAAUCUUGGAGAAAUUCGAGACCCAAGACCACAGGACGUCCUUGAUGCGGCAAAGUCGAACAACAAUAUCAUCCCUUGCACUACAUACUAUUUCUUCGAGUUUAAGGUAGAGAAGGAGGAAACUCUCUGGCCUGAAAUGCACAAGCGAAGACGAAGAUGGAUGACUUACGAGGAAGCUACUCGGUGCUUCAAAGAGAUGGACAGACCAGAGCUGUUAGAGGCAAUCGAGAGAAGUAGUAUUCUUCGGUAGUUGAGGUCUCGUCCCAGCCAUCUUCGGUUCCCCGAGAUCUCUAUGCAUGCUUACGAAGUGCGAUGGAACCAAUUGGUCAGUCUGCACUUAAGGGGGUUGGGAUAAGAGGGUGGCACGGUAGUUCCUCUGACAUUACUGGGAGACCUUUAUCUCUCCAUUUUUUUUUUCUCCUCUUUAUUUCUCAGCACAGUUUGUGGGGCCAUUUUUUUCCUUUUCUGUCCUUUCCUGUCCUUUCAUAUAUUACUCACUUCUUUCCGUCGUUUUCCCUCCAUUCACUACCCAGACAGCGGAAUUCCAGAUGUCCGUAAUAGGGUCAUGAUAUAGAUGGGCAGUGGUGUGUAACUUAAAAGCUCAGCGUGUUCUCUUUACUUUUCCUCAUUUGCUUUCCCACCAUCAAACUAGUCUACCAUCUGCCCCCUGUCCCACUCCUCUAUUCAUCCCUUCAGAGCGUUUAAUGGAGGAGCUAGAUGCUUGGACCAAGGGGCACCUUAAUCCUAUAAACCACAAAAAAUGUAGAUGAUUUCUUUCUUUUUCCACUUUUAAUGAGGAUAGAUAGAACACGGGUUAACCAAUUCAACCAGACGGAAAGCAGAGAACUGACAGCCAGGGCGAACAACGACCACCCCAGCAGCCAGAGUUUUCAUCAAAUUCAUAGCCCCUGCUUUACAGUCCAACUGCGCCAUGACCCCGUCUCCGCUACUCUCAGCACCGGGAUAUCCCGCCGGAAUAUACGAGUGAUAAUGUGUGAUCUUGUCAUUGUCACCAAAUAACCGCAUUGGCCACAACAACCCCAACGGGCCCC